CUCUUGCUUCUCUCACUUCCAGGGUCACGCUGCAGAUGUUUUUGAGGCCUACACGCAGCUCCUGACAGAGAUGGUGCUGCGCCUGCCCUACCAGAUCAAGAAGAUUGCAGACACAAACUCACGCAUCCCCCCACCCAUCUUUGAUCACUCCUGGUUCUACUUUCUGUCUGAGUACCUGAUGAUCCAGCAGACGCCAUUCGUGCGCCGCCAGGUGCGCAAGCUGCUGCUCUUCAUCUGCGGCUCCAAGGACAAGUACCGGCAGCUGCGGGACCUGCACACGCUCGACUCRCACGUCAGGGGCAUCAAAAAGCUGCUGGAGGAGCAGGGCAUCUUCCUGCGGGCCAGCGUGGUGACAGCCAGCUCGGGCUCUGCCCUGCAGUAYGACACGCUGAUCUCCCUGAUGGAGCAUUUAAAGGCUUGUGCAGAGAUUGCCACGCAGAGAACGGUGAACUGGCAGAAGUUCUGCAUCAAGGAUGACUCGGUUCUGUAUUUCCUGCUCCAAGUCAGCUUCCUGGUAGAUGAAGGGGUGUCGCCAGUGCUGCUGCAGCUGCUGUCCUGUGCUCUGUGUGGCAGCAAAGUGCUGUCUGUGGCUUCAUCCUCUGCAUCUUCCAGYGCCUCUUCCACUGCUCCUGCAGCAUCGGGCUCGGGGCAGGCGGCACAGAGCAAAUCCUCCACCAAAAAGAGCAAGAAAGAGGAGAAGGAGAAGGAGCGAGAGGGUGAGGGUGCAGGCAGCCAGGAGGACCAGCUGUGCACAGCCCUGGUGAACCAGCUCAACAAGUUUGCUGACAAGGAGACCCUCAUCCAGUUCCUGCGCUGCUUCCUGCUGGAAUCCAACUCCUCCUCGGUGAGGUGGCAGGCCCACUGCCUGGCCCUGCACAUCUACAGGAACUCCAACAAGUCUCAGCAGGAGUUGCUGCUGGAUCUCAUGUGGUCCAUCUGGCCAGAGCUCCCAGCYUAUGGAAGAAAGGCUGCCCAGUUUGUGGAUCUCCUGGGGUACUUCUCCUUGAAAACACAGCAGACUGAGAAAAAGCUGAAGGAAUAUUCCCAAAAGGCCGUGGAGAUCCUGCGGACUCAGAACCACAUCCUCACCAACCACCCCAACUCCAACAUCUACAACACGCUGUCUGGGCUUGUGGAAUUCGAUGGCUACUACCUGGAGAGUGAUCCUUGCCUUGUCUGCAACAACCCCGAGGUGCCCUUCUGUGUAAGUAACCCUGGAACCACAGAAUU